AUGGCGGCUAAGGGCCCGCUGUCUCACGUGAAGCUGGAGGGGGAGAUUGAGCGGUGCCGGGCGGAGGGGCACUGGGGGCAGCUCCGGCUCCUGGUGCAGCAGCAGCUGCUGCCGCCGGCGCGCACCCGGCGGAAAGCGGCGGCGGGGGGCACGGAGGAAACGGAGGACUAUGGGAGUAUGCUGCUUGCAGAAGCUUUGCUGGAAGAAUGCUUGAAGGAAAACUUUGCCAAACUGAAGGACUCUGUUCCACUGACAGAGAGGAAUGAGCCAAAACUGAGUGAGGCUAAGCAGCAUCUGACCAAUGUCUUAAUCAGAGGAAAACUGCGACCUAAAUAUAUGACCGAAACGAUGCUGAUCCUUGGAAAGCUUCAUUAUGUAGAGGGAUCCUACAGAGAUGCCAUCAGCAUGUAUGCAAAAGCAGGAAUUGAUGACCUCUCAACAAAACAUGAACCUUUGUACAUGCUGCGUCUGGUGGCUGAAGCCUUUGUUAUUAAAGGUCUGUCUCUGGAGCGCUCAACCAACUCAAUAGCCUCACGUGCUCGCCUGUGCGAAAGGGAGGAAGAAGUCAUGACUUGCUUUGAAACUGCAUGUGUCAUUGCUCAAGUGUACCUGCAGGAGCUAGAAAAGACUUUAAACAACACACAUUCAAGGAAUAUGAAGGGCAGCAACACAACAUACUCUGAGUUUGAACUGUCCUACUUCCUGGAAGCAGCUCUACAGAGUGCCUACGUGACUCAUUUAAAAAAGGGCGAUAUUGUGAAGGGAAUGAGGAGUCUGCGAGAAGUAUUACGGACUGUGGAAACAAAAGCUACUCAGACCUUCAAAAUGACUGCGGCCAAACAGCUAGGCCAAGUGCUUCUCCAUUCCUUGAGUGAAGACUGUUACUGGAGCCCUUUAUCUGAUCCUCUCCCUGAGUUCAUGAACAAGGAAGAUCAGUCUUACAUUAGCAAUCUGCUUUGUCGGAAGCCUGAGCUAUACACAGAAGAGAAUGUUUACUGCCCUCAGGACAACGUAGAAGAGGCUCUGCUUCUCCUCUUAAUCAGUGAAUCCAUGGCAAACCGGGAUGCAGUGAUCAGCCGUGCCCCUGACCAGCAGGAUGACCGCGCUGUCAGCUUUCGGGAUGCUUCUGAAGUCUAUGACCUUCUCAGCAUCACUCUGGGCAGAAGAGGGCAGUAUGUCAUGCUUUCUGAGUGCUUGGAGAGAGCCAUGAAGUUCGCAUUUGAUGAAUUCCACCUCUGGUACCAGCUUGCCCUGUCCAUGGUGGCUUGUGGAAAGUCAGCAUAUGCUGUAUCAGUGCUCAAAGAGUGUGCUAAACUGCGACCAACAGAUCCCACCGUUCCUCUUCUGGCUGCCAAGGUCUGCAUUGGGUCACUGCACUGGCUGGAAGAAGGAGAAUACUUUGCUAAAAUGGUGAUAGACCUGGGUGAGGAUGCUGGAGAGUCCCUAGCAAAGGGUUACUUGGCACUGGGUCUGUCAUAUAGUCUUCAGGCUACUGACGCUACUUUGAAGAGCACUCAGGAUGAAUACAACAAGAAAGCACUUCAGGCUUUGGAGAGAGCACGGGAAUUGGACCGAGACGAUCACCAAAUCAUCCUCUACUUAUCGCUGCAGCUGGCUCUUGUCAGACAGAUUUCUGAUGCUAUAGAAUAUCUUCAGGAAGCACUACAGCUGUGCAAAGAUGACAUGAACUCACUACAUCUACUGGCCCUCCUCUUUUCAGCUCAGAAGCACUAUCAGCAUGCACUGGAAGUUAUCAACAUGGCUGUUGUUGAGUACCCAGAAAGCUUUAGCAGGACAUCUGGUGAAUGCACAGGGAAAAGCAUGCAGAAAUGUGGCAGUGGGAUGAUCCUUCCCGUCAUGUGUUAUCCCUGCUUCUGUCAGCUGAGUCGUUCUGAGGCUUUCUGCGCCAGACGUUGCAUUAAGGCAGAGUUUAAUGCCUCUGAUGGCUUGCUCUUCACCAAAGUGAAGCUGGAAUGGAUUCAUAAAGGACCUGAGGAGGCUCUGGUGACAUGCAGACGUAUGUUGCAGAUGUGGCAGAUGGCUUAUAGUGUUUUACAGCACAGUGGCUCUGAGAAAGGAAGUAGUGUGACUGAAACGCCAGUGAUCAAAAAGCAUAACGGACUUCAUCUCACGCUCCCGGAUGCUCAUGAUAAUGAUUCUGGAUCACAGCGAGCCUCUUCCCUUGCCGCAUCAAGAAUGGAACAAGCCAUAUCUGAAAUAACAAUGCGGAGCAGCAUGAUGAAGCAAGGACCUAUGCAGCUGUGGACAACUCUUGAACAAAUCUGGCUACAAGCUGCUGAACUUUUCAUGGAACAGCAGCAUCUCAAAGAAGCAGGCUUUUGUAUCCAGGAGGCAGCUAGUCUUUUCCCCACAUCUCAUGCUGUACUGUACAUGCGUGGGAGGCUUGCAGAGAUGAAAGGCAAUUUGGAGGUGGCUAGGCAAUUGUAUGAUGAGGCGCUCACAGUGAAUCCAGAUGGAGUCGAAAUUAUGCACAGCCUGGGCCUGGUGCUGAACAGACUUGAGCGGAGGGAGUUGGCACAGAAGGUCCUCAGAGAUGCCAUCCGGAUCCAGAACACCAGCCACAGGGCCUGGAACAGCCUAGGGGAGGUCUUGCAAGCUCAGGGGAAAAACGAAGCAGCCGUCGAAUGCUUUCUUACUGCUCUGGAUCUCGAAUCCAGCAGUCCUGUCAUCCCGUUCACUGUAAUACCCAGAGAGCUCUGAAGUGUCUUCAUUCCAUGGACAAACACUGAAUAAACAAACAAAAAGAUCUGCAGCGAAGAAACUGGAUUCAACAGAAGUGCCACUGUAACCUGGAAUUGAGCAAAAUAAUUCUAAUGUGGGGCUCAGGGGAACAUGUUUAGCUGAGACGAGCCUAACUGCAGAGGAGUUUGCAAGAGGCAGAGAGAGAUAAUGCCUUUUUUUUUCUUUGCAGAUGCCUGGUUCAAGUUAAUAGCAACUUAUAGCAAGACUUAUUUCAAAAUGUUGGUUUGAACUGAUUAACUGUAGAAAAGCUCAUGCUGGAAUACAGUUGUUCAAAGCACUUGCACCUUUCAGUUUUCAUUAAGGAUAAAAUCCCAAAUCCAAAGAUAAAGCUUCCAAGCCCUGAGCUAAAGCCGGACCAGCUCUGAGCAGGAGUAAGUGCACCAGCAAAUGUACCAAGGUUUAUUUAAGCACAUGGCUGCCUUCGCACAGACCUGACAGGAUAGGAAUGACAAUUAAAUCAUAGAGACACGCAGUAUAUACCAUUUACAAAAUUAUUUCAGCUAUUAUGAUUGUCUUUCCUGCCUUGUCUUACAUGCUGCAUAUACUCAGUAUAUAUUUAUAUAUAUUUAGUGUGGCAUUUGCCUAGAUCAAUUUAAAUUAAAAAUGCCUUUUUUUUUUAAUAGAGCUGCUAUAGCAACACAAUUCAAAAAAGCAGAAAGACCAAAGACCCAUUUAACAUUUGUCCUAGUGUUAAAGGCAUGUAUGUAUCUCCAAUUACAUUUUUAUUGAAAGGCCUCUCUUGAAGUAUUGUAAACUCUCUGAACUUCAUUGUUGUUAAUCACCUAUUCCAUCACUUUUAGUGAGGAAUGAAGUGAUUACCAGUGUUUAGUGCCUGCAGUUUGUGCUCUGCUGCAGUGCUGUCCCUGGCACUAUACACAUUCACAUCUGCCUUCUCAUGAUAUAACAGGUAGCAGCAGUCUGUUCAGGGGAAGCAUGCUGAAGGCAGCGUGCAUAUAUGAAGAACUGCUUUUCUUCUACAACCAAAUGCUUGGAUUUUCUGCAAGCAUUUCACAUCAGAGUCAGGGAGCUGCACCUUCAGUGGGGCGGGCUGAUGCUGAGCACCGUGUCAGAUGAAAGAAUGAUCUUAGAGCUGUCUGAAGAGCUCCUAAUCCACUUGCCUCUUGCUGGCUGGCAUGGCCAGGCUGCAAGGCAGCUGCCUCACCUCACGCUAAGCUGAUCCGAUCUGCACAGCCCUGUUUGACAGGCCUGUUGCCCUGCAGCACAGCACACACGUGCCAGCCCCACAGAAAAGGGGAUGCAGAAAUGAGCUGUGGGUGCUUUUCUAUGCAAAAAGCUGGGGCCAGGUGCCCAUUUCUGACCAAAGAAUGUUUGUGACUUUUUCUUAAGUGGGUUUGCACUGAAACAUGAUGCGUACAGUAGUUCUGUCCAGUAUUGUGGUUCUUUCCAGAAAUCAUUAUAUCCUCAGGCAGCAAAUGAACAGGAGUUACUCUUCCAAGUCCUGAAGGCUCAGGAGCAAACCUGACAUCAGCCAUUUUUACAGUUGUUUUGGAGCUAUGUUACCCAGCCACAUCACUCAUUUGCAGUAGCACCAGCAGCAGAGGAAGGAGUAGGUGUUGAAGUACCACAAUUAAAUGGAUUUGUGAAGCCAGAAAGACACAGCAGAGACAGAUUUUGCUGUGAAGGAUGCUCUGAAGUUGACUUUGUGCUACAGGUAGGAGAAGAGAGUGCCAUUGUGGACAUGGCAUGUAAAUCGUUAUCGAGGUGUUUUAAACCCAGUUUCACUGCUCGAAGCAGUUUGACUCGAAGUAGUAGGUUUCAGUAGAUAUAGAUAGAUUGGUAUUAUAAUCCGAUACUUAUUUCUGGUCCACAGUUCCAGCAUGGGAGUGAGCCUUCUGUACAGCACAGAGUCACUGUGGUCUGACAUCACCGCUCUGCUUUGCAACAUCUGUCUGUCAGGCACUGCCAUAGUAACGCCUGUGUACCAGACAGCCAUUUGAGUACAUGCUGUGCAUGUCUCUGUGACCGAGGAGCUGUUUGCAGAGGUCUGCAGUGCGUCCAGUUCGAGCCCUGGCAGGAGGUACCCAUUUUCCCAGCAGCAGCUGAGAAGCAAACUCACAGGCCUCGUUACUGCUGCAUGCAUGGUUUCCAUGCAGCCACCAGUGUCAUGUAUCUUACCUCCAAAGGGAGCUCUGGCUUGAUGAUAUUUAACUCCACAGCAGUCACCUUCCUGGGAGAGCUGAGUGGUGUGCACCAGCCAUUGGAACUGCAGUGCUGAGAGGCUGUGCUGGAGGUGUGGCUAGGAGGACAUAGCUCCCAUCAGCAGCAAUAGGAGCUACACUGCUCAGCACACCACAGCCCCUGUAUCAACUGCAGGCAAAGUUCUGCCUCAGUGCUGUGUUUGGAUUCAGCCCUGAGAUUUGCUGGACAUUUCCCAGCAGGUACGAAGCACGUUCACUGGAACUGUGUUGACAUUGCUGGUACAUUUCUGUAUACUUCUUAAUACUGACAUGUUUAGAGCUUGAGAUCAUGCUGACCUGAGAUGCUCUGCACAGGGCAGGAAAGAGGGUGGUAUUUACUGACUUGUAAGUGUUUUUAGAUAGAUCCUGUAUUUGUUCUUUGCUCAUACUUCCAGGUACAGAAAAACAAAGACUACAAACAA